AUGAACUUGAACGUCGAUUCUUUGCAACUACAGCAAACGUUUUUAGAACAUCAAACUCAACAACAGCAACACUCAAUCCAUACGCCUCCAACGUCUUUCAGCGAUCUUUCGUAUGCUUCCUCUGAGGAGGAUGGUUCACAACGCUACGCAAGCAGCCCCAGCUAUACGCUGUCCAUCAUCAGCAAUGCAGAUAGCCAUAUCGACGUAGGUAGCCACAUAGAGAACUGUAUGGGGCUGAGUGAUUGGCCUUCAAUGUUGAACUACACGCGUAAUCACUCUCUGCAACCGAUUUCCCAUGCGGAGUCAUUCUACCACUGCUACAAUUACCAUACGGCACAAGAGCAGCUCCACCCUCAACACAAUACCAGCAUCACUUCCUGCGCAGAAACCGGCUCUACAAGCACGACGUCCAGCAGCCAGCUUGAUUCACCUUUGUCAGCAAAAGCUGCGAGAUCUAAUAAACAUUCCGGCAGCCAACAGCGUAAAGACGCGCAGACGAAGAAAGCAGAGGCUGCCUUAAAACAACCAAGUCUCAACGUGCUUAAGCGCCGGCGACAAGCAGCCAAUGCACGCGAACGUAAACGCAUGAACGGACUAAACGAAGCCUUCGACAGGCUGCGUGAAGUAGUGCCCGCACCCACCAUUGAUCAGAAGCUGUCUAAAUUCGAGACGCUGCAGAUGGCACAGACCUACAUAGCCGCACUUUGUGAGAUGCUGGAAAAUGGUAUCAAUACAGCCAACAACAUGAUGACCCAACGCGCUGAGCAACUGAAAUUUAAAGCAGAUAUCCGAUUGCAGUAG